CUUGUAUAUUACUUAGUUAUUACCUUUUAAAAAAAGUACUGUAUAUUUCUCUUCAGUUGUCCUCGAUUCCUAAUGGAGUUGGAUGGCACUCCAUGAAAUUUUCGAGCAGUUCUAUUUCUCUCCAGUUGUCCUCAAUUCCUCAUAUUCAAUGAGAUCAUGAAGAAAGCUGUACCCCUUAAAAAUCCAAUCAAGAAAAUCUCCACGAAACCAGCCAAUUCUUCGUCCAAACCCAAUAAAGGCAAACGUAAGACAAAAUUUACCAAAUCUAGUUCAGAAUCUGACUCGGUCCCACCAAUUAGCUCUUCCCUCUCAAGUUUUUUGAAAAAAUGGCCAAUCUUGACCCCAGAUUUCUUCCAAAUCGACGCUCUCGAUCUCGCCCCGCGUUUGCUCGGCAAGUUUCUGAGGAGAGACGAUGUUGUUCUUCAGAUUACUGAGGUGGAAGCUUAUAGGCCAGAUGAUUCAGCCUGCCACGGUCGAUUCGGAGUAACAGCAAGGACUGCUCCUGUGUUUGGUCGUGGUGGACAUGCAUAUGUAUACCUCUGCUAUGGAAUGCAUUUCAUGCUAAAUGUUGUAGCAGACAAAGAAGGCAUUGGAGCAGCUGUCUUGAUUCGUUCUUGUGCUCCCAUCUUUGGGUUGGGAACCAUUCAAGAAAGACGUGGUUUAAAAACAGAGAAACCUGUUCUUCUUUCUGGACCUGGAAAGGUUGGUCAAGCAUUAGGGUUAUCGACAGAAUGGUCCAACCAUCCCCUAUAUACUCCAGGUGGUCUAGAAAUUUUAGAUGGCCCAAAGCCUGAAGAAAUAUUGGUGGGACCAAGAGUUGGUAUUGAGUAUGCUUCUCCAACAGAUGUUAAUGCAUUAUGGAGAUUUGCAAUUGGAGGUUCCACUUGGAUUAGUGCUCCUAAAAAUACCCUUAGACCUCCUUGAUUGUGGAGCACCAAUAUAUGUUUAUGUAUGUAUAGAAGAGAAACAUAUUUAAACAUCAUGGAACUGAUGGAAGCAGCAACAUGAAAUUUUGGACCCCCCCCCCCCCCCCCCCCCCCCCAUUGCAUAGUACAAAUGUCAACAUAACUCUUGUUAUUGCGCUGUAUUAUUAGAGCAUUAAAAGAGGAAACCGCAUAAGAUUGUUUAUUAUAAGUUUGUUUGUG